UGAGCUCGUCCGGCUGCCUUUGCUCCGGGCAUGAUGAUGGACUGAGAGGCUUCCUGUGGCAGACGAGGCCGGGGGUACGAAUCCUGCUCCGGGAGAAGAUGGAAAACCAGACGGCGGCCAACGCCAGCCAGGGGUGCAGCUUUCGGGCCGACUUCCAAUAUUUCCUCUUCCCUGCCGUCUACAUCCCUGUCUUCGUGCUGGGACUGCUGGAGAACGGGGCCGCCCUCUACCUGUUGACCUGCUGGGUCACGCGCCCGCCUCGCUCCUACGUCUACCUGCUCAACCUGGCCACCGUGGACACCUUGUUCGUCUGCAUCCUGCCCUUCAAGAUCCACUACCACCUCCACCGCAACAACUGGGCCUUCGGGGACGUGGCCUGCCGCGUGACGGGCAGCAUGUACUUCCUCAACAUCUACCUCAGCGUGGCCUUCUUCACCGCCAUCUGCAUCGACCGCUACGUGGCCGUCUUGCACCCCUUGGCGUACGUGCGGGUCAAGAGCGGCCACUACACCCUGAUCGCGGUCAUCAUCUGGGCGGUCGGGCUGGGCGCCGCCAGCUCUCUGGUCCUGGGGGGCCCCCUCGACGCCAACGUCAGCCAUGCCCAGGUCUGCUUUGAGAGCUUUGCGGAAGCCUCCUGGAAGAAGCGCAUGCUACCUUACAACGUCUGCGUGCUCCUCUUCGGGUUUCUCAUCCCCUUCGCGGUGAUCCUGAUCAGCUACCCUCUGAUCGCCCGGCGAAUUUCCCACAUCUCGGAGAGCGCUUUGAAAAGGAAGGCCCUGAACACUAUCUAUCUCAUCCUCUUCAUCUGCAUUUUCUGCUUCCUCCCCUUCCACCUCACCCACCUCCUCCACCUCCUGAUGCGCCUCGGCCUCAUCCAGAACUGCCCCUUGGCCUCCUCCAUCUACCAGCUCCGCCGGGUCACCUUAGCCCUGGUUAGCGUCAACUGCUGCCUGAACCCUCUCUUGUACUACUACACCUUGGUCAACAAGCGGUGGCCCUGCCAGCUGCGUUGGCAGAAACGAACAUCCAAGGUCUACACCGUUAGAGGGGGCCGCAGACGACGCCCCAACCAGAGAGCGGCGUUGAGCCCGGCUGCCAACGAGGCGAUACGGAUGGAGGCGCCAAGCAAGUUCGCUGGGGGUGUCGUUUGGGAAAAGGUUUAAUUUCCAAGUGUUCCAAGUUUGGGCUUUGGAGAGGGGCUACUUCCUGCCUGGCUUUCCAGAUCAGUGGGACGUUUAAAAUAAAGAGUACUGGCUUUGGUUGAGAGGGGCGGGUGUGCUUAAAAGG